AUCCCGGUUGUCCAACACGCCGUACCACAAACACUGUAGCAAGUCGUCAACAUGUCGAAGAGAGGCACGUACAACGUCGAGCGAGAAGAACAAAAAUCCGAAGCCGAACCAACGCGUUGGACUCGAUUCAAACUUUGGUGGGCGGAAUUUAAACAAAAAGUGAAAAUCACUAUUCACAAUCCGAGCACAGGAGAGUAUCUCACCAGAACACCGCGAUCUUGGGGUGAAAUCGGCCUCUUCUAUCUGGUCUUCUACUCUGCCUUGGCGGCAUUCUUUGCUAUCUGUAUGAGCGUGUUCCUGCUUGGCACCGUGCCGGCUCAAGAAGAUGGCCCCAAGUUUACACACAUUAUAUGCACAGACAUUGGAUGGAAAGCCUCUGUUUCCAAAGCAAUAGAUUUUCCAAUUGAUAACGGUACUGUUGUACGUACAGCUAGGGACGCACAUACGGAGGAAAUCAAAGAGUUUUUGAAAAGUGCUGGCUAUGACGAAGACGAGUGGCGGAGCCUCUUUAGCUCGAGCUCAUCGUCUGUGGACACAUCACUUGAUGAUUUGGAGUUGUGUAAUCGUCCAGCCUUUGGUCAGUCACAUAGGCCGUGUGUCUAUUUCCGAUUCAAUAGAAUAGCAGACUAUGUCCCAGCUGAUGACGUUCGUGUUCAAUGCAAAGUUGACAAUCCUGGAAACAACUUGAUGCAAGAGUUCCGGGAUCAAGUGAUCUUGGAUACUGACCCAUCAAAGGCUCGCAACGACCAACCACUAAUCAUAUAUCCUCAUCUCUUACCCAAGGACAUGGUAGCGUAUGACCCAGCCAACAAAGACUUUCAGUCUCCACUCUUCAUAGCUCUGUUUAACCUCACCACAACCUAUCAGUUUGUCAAACAUACUCCAGGGAGUGUCCGCAAUGUCAUGCUCAAGUGUGAACCCGUGCUAAACAGCACCGGUGAUGGAUUCGGUGCAAUAUCGAGUGACUUUGAAAUAAAAUAUCGUAAUAUUGACUAGCAUCAUCGCUAGUGAAUUCGUAUUGGCAUCUUUGCUUGUUAAUCUAAUGUAAUAACGAAGUGGCGUAGGUAAUAAUAUUGGCUGCUCUUGUUAGUCUCCACAA